CUGCUGUCCUCUCUUCCUCUACCACAAGCCUCUCUUCAGCUUCUCUUCCCGGUUCUGUUUUUGUUCUCGACUUGCCCUGUGGAUUUCUGUCUUCCGUCCUUUACACGUCUUUUUGGGAACUGCACCAGUCGUGACUGGCUUACAUUCCCUGCAAAUGGAAAGGAGAUGAGGAAACAAAGAUAAUUGCUGAUACUGACACAAGGGAAAGGCGGUGGUGUUCGAGGGAGUCUUCCGUUUCUUGUUGGCGUUCAUCUAUUUUUAAGUGGACGCUAAACCACUUGAAUUGGAGUUUGGUUAGUUAGUGCUCUUCCCUUGGGAAGAGUGGACAGCUAUUUAAAGGGACAGCUGGCACGAUUUGACACGUCAAGGACUCAAGCCAUCCUAAUGUUGGAACUUGGAUGGCUAACUGCGUUCAAAUGAAAAGAUUCCUAUUUAUCAUUUAAAGUGAUCCUCUGAAUGAUUAUGCUGGACACCAAUCACUGCCUGUCUUUUGAGCCCUCCCCCUUGGUCUGUUCUCCAAUGGAAGAUGAUAUGGAUAAGUCAGGGCUGAAGAUGGAUCAUGACAGACAUGUCUAUCACAGCCUGAAAGAAGUCCUCCAGCUUAAGCUCCAGCAAAGACGAACUCGAGAGGAACUGGUCAGCCAAGGGAUCAUGCCACCUCUAAAGAGCCCGGCAGCUUUCCAUGAACAGCGGCGCAGUCUGGAAAGAGCAAGGACUGAAGACUAUCUCAAGAGGAAGAUCCGGAGUCGUCCGGAGCGAUCAGAAUUGGUCAGGAUGCACAUUCUGGAGGAAACCUCGGCUGAGCCGUCCCUGCAAGCCAAGCAGCUUCAGCUCAAAAGGGCUCGACUGGCCGAUGACCUCAAUGACAAGAUCUCGCACAGACCUGGCCCAAUCGAGCUAGUUCAUAAGAACAUCUUGUCUGUCACAAUCCCGUUGCAACACUCACCACUGGAAUCUCCGAAUGGAGCGGGAGGCGAGAGCUCAUCCCUGGAUGAGGACAGCAGUGAUGCUCUGUCGCCGGAGCAGUUGAACAAUCAUGACUCUCCGCUCAGUGCUGCCCCACAGCUGUCACCAUCAGAGGCUCUGGUCCAGAAUGGUUCUGCCUCCCCCACACAGUUUCUGUCGCAGCCACCUCCGCCACCUCCUGCUCCACCUCCCCCUCCACAGAUAAACGACUCUGACUCACCACCGCCACUGAAAUUAACUAACGGGGCAUCGGGAAUUUCCAUCACUGCCCGCCCGUCUUCUGGACAUUUUAAGGCCAAGUCGAGUUCAGAUCGUUCUUCACAUAGAUCUAAGAAGCCAAAGGACAGCAAACCCAAGGUGAAGAAGCUGAAGUACCACCAGUACAUCCCACCGGACCAGAAGGCUGACAAAGAACGUCCACCUCAGAUGGACUCGUCCUAUGCCAAGCUUCUUCAGCAGCAGCAGCUUUUCUUGCAGCUGCAGAUCCUGAACCAGCAACAACAGCACUACAACUACCACACCAUCCUGCCUGCUCCACCAAAGCCAUCAAGCGAGCAGCCUCCGACCCCCAACUCUGGCCCUUCCCCCUCGCGCUGUGUUCCCCCCACAACCACGUCGGCUCCUACUACUCAAGGCACAACCACCAGACAGAGUCAAAGUGCCGCAGGUGGAGCCAAACCUGGGACUUUACCUGCCAACCUGGAUGAGUUUAAAGUGGCAGAGUUGAAGCAGGAGCUUAAAUUGCGUGGCCUCACUGUCUCUGGCACUAAGAACGACCUCAUUGAGAGGCUCCGCAACUACCAAGAGCAAAACGGCAACUCCUCAGCUGCGCUGAAAAAUGGCAUUUCCAAUCCGGCAGCCACUGCAAACGCACCUACUUCCUCUCCGACCACAGCCACCACCCCAGACCACACACCAGGAGACGGGAGCCUCAAGAUAUCCCUCUCCUCUCUGGGUCAGGCUGUUCCAGGACGGGUCAUGCGCUUUGGCAGCACCAGUUCUAGUCCUCCUGUGUCGCCCAGUCCGUCUGAGCGGUCCCUGGCAGGGAUGAGUCCAGAUGAAACCAGCUGUAAUGGCGACCUGUUUGGAGAAAUGGUGAGCUCUCCCCUCACCCAGCUCACCCUCCAUCCUUCCCCGCAGCACCCACCAAACGUCUCGCCACUUUCACAAGCAUCACAGAUCAAAGAAGAGUCCCAAUACUCAUGCGGCUUGUCUCGCUCCUCCUGUUCCUCACUCCAGCCGGUGGAGUCCUUGGACAAAGACCAGAUGCUCCAGGAGAAGGACAAACAGAUCGAAGAGCUGACCAAGAUGCUGAAGCAGAAACAGAGGCUAGUGGAGACCCUGAGGUCCCAGCUGGAGCAAGGCAAAGUCGGCGUCGUGGUAACGGGAGAGGUCAGAGAAAACCCCCCUCUCAUCCCUAAUGGAGUAACUGUGAAGGUAAAGCAGGAGAUGGAGCCAGAGGAAAGGAUGGAGGGGGUGGCAGAGGAGGCCCAGACUAAAAAAGCCAGCCAACCCAUGCAGUGCUCUCAGGAGACGCUGCUGCGCCUGCAGCAGAUCCACCGGCUGCAGCUCCAACAAGCGGAGCAGCAAAAACAGCAGAAACCUGCUGAGAACCAGUCCGACCUGCAACAGAAGCAGCAGCAACAGAAGAAAGAGGCUCAAAUCCUGCUUCAGCAGCAGCAGCUCCAGCAGCUCAUCAUCCAGCAGACACAGCAGAAGCAGCUCCAGGCCCAGCAGAAGCUCAUACAGCACAAACUGGCCCAGCAGAAACUCAAAGGACAAAUCCAAACGCCACAGAAAAACCACAUGCAGCAGAAGCAGGCUCCGAUGCUGAACCAGAAACUUGUAGUCAACCAAGCUCAGCAGAGGAAGCAGCUGAAGGCUCAGCACCAGAAGCAGCAGCAGGCACUGGCUACGCAGCAGCUCACGUCAGUCUUCAUCAAUCAGCAGAACAGCUCCCAGGUCCAAACUCAGGCCAUCUCGCUGGACCUCCUCAAGGCCAACGGUACACCAACCCUGGUCACAGACAGCAAUGGAAACCACUAUUUGAUCGCCCUCACCAGUCCGACCGCAGACAGGCAGAACCGAACGUCCCCAGCAGCCAAAUGCAACGGGCGUGUCACCCUGCAGAGAAUCCAGUCGAGUCCCAGCAAACUGCCCAGCAUGAACGGCCAGUCACAGGAGACGAAAGAGGCGGAGCCUGUCAGUCAACCAAUCAAAAAGGGACCGAAGACAAGUCUGCACUUGGACACUAACGGAGCCCCCCAGUCCAGCCCGGUGGUCAGCGCUCCUCCGAGCCUGCAGCCGUUCUUCGAUGACACAUCGAUUGACGGCGAAAGCCAAAACAACAUCGCCUCUCCUCUCAAGAGAGAGGAGGUGUGUCCGCCUUAUGACCGGCACACACUGUUCACCCCUCCCUCUCCCAGACCCAACACCUCCCUCCCUUCUCAACGCUCCGAACAAAACGGAGUCAACAGUCAGCAGAUGGACGAUCUGUUCGACAUCUUGCUCAAGAGCGGAGAAAUCCCCUCUUUCAAGUCUCCCCCAGAGCCUUCCCUCACCCCCCUCCAAACCGAGCUUCUCCCCCCAGGCUCCCCUCUUUCCCCUCUUCACUUGUCGCCUCCCAGAGAGCCAGCAGAGCCGCCACUGUCCGAGCCUUGCCCCCGCAGCGGGCGCCUGGAGGACUUCCUGGAGAGCACGACGGGGGCUCCGCUGCUGGGGGUGGAGCCAGACGGCGGGUUGACGCUGAUCGACGACCUCCACAGCCAAAUGCUGAGCACAGCUAGCAUCCUGGACCACCCGUCCUCCCCCAUGGACACCUCUGACCUGGGCUUCUCCCCACACUCCACCGGCCUGGACUUUGGUGACCCCACACUGGACAGCAUGGACUGGUUAGACAUCUCCAUGGUGGGAAAUGGAAGCAGCGGAGGAGUCCAAGGUGAGAGUGGAGUGGGAGGGGGAAGAGAGGGCGGCACGAGUCUGGCCCCGCUGGCACCUCACACUCCACAGAGCGUCUUUUCUACCGACUUUCUGGACAGUACGGACCUUCAGCUACACUGGGAGUCAUGUCUGUAGCUUCGCACACACACACACACACACACACACACACACACACACACACACACACACACACACACACACACACACACAUACACAGACACACGCUGUGUAAAGGCUCUGACUUGGCUUCACGCCGACUCGUCUGCUGUCUGUGACUCUGCUGGUCUUCGGCACAUGUGACCGUUUGUCUCUCACUGGCUGAAUGAGGUGAUGGACUGAAGUGGCUUGUGAUUUUUGAAUUAGACUUAAGGGAUCUGCGCCGGUUCUGACCUGCAGGUCGACAGUUUCAUCCCCUGGGAAUGCAGAGGAGAGUGACUCCAGGGUUUUUGUGUCAGUGCCUCCUAAACUUUUGCACUUAUGCUGAUGCUGAUUGGUUCAGGGGAGGGAAGGUUUCCAGACCAGCGCCACCUAAUGUUGAGUCAUUGAUCAGUCGAUGGCGUGAACAGAAAGGCAGCUGUCCGUGGAGAACUGAGCCCCGUCCACACUGGUCAGUAACUCUCCGUGUAUCAUUCAAUUUAGAGAUCCACAUUUUGCAAAUUGGAAAUUCCCUAAACCAGCUAGUGGGUGACAUCAUGGCCACAAAAGUGGACUGAAAAAAUCCUGAUAAUUAUCCUGUCAAUUGAAGUCCAUCUUUGUAAGUAUUCAUUUCUGUCUCAUAUCUACAUGUUAUUAACAUGAGAUGCAGCAAAUGUAUUUUAUAGAAAAAUAUUAAAGCAACUAUCAGACAAAAUGAAUGAAUCCUAUUUCAAUUUGAUAAAACUAAUAUUGCAUGACCUGUUUCCCAAAGAAACAUUUGUUCAACACCGGCAGAUUUUAUUUUAUUUUUUUCCAAAAACAUCCUUAACUCAAUUUGAAAUUGAAUGAUACACGGAACUAAAACAACCGUCACAGGUUGGCACUUGCUAUGGAAACAAACCAUAUCAGUGGUUUUAAUAGAAGCCUCAGUGGAGGUGGAGUAUUAUUGGAUACAUUAUGGUAGACCACUUUGUAAUGCUGUAUAUGGGGUGUAUAUUAUCAAUUGUCCAUAUGACUAUUUUUCUUUGCUGGAUGCUUCGAGUCGAGCGGGCCAGCCGGGGACGGAGGCUUCCAAAAAUACUUGGACCUUGACCGUUUUUUUAAAGAAAGAAAAGUUGGAAAAUAAAAAAUAAAAAAAUAUGUGAAAAAUCUGAA